AUGGCGCCGAGCUCCCGACGCAGCCUCCCGGGCAGACUAUCCGGAAGCAAAGGUAGACCCCACUCGAAAGUCUCGCGCUCGGCGGUCGACUCCCCUGACGGCGCGCCUCCUUCGAAGAAGCGCAGAUAUGUCCCCGGUGGUCCUGGGGGAGGAGGUCGCUUCAUCGAUGUCGGCAAGACCCAAGACACUCCGAAAAAGAACAACACGCCCAGACGCCACUCUUCCAGCGCUCGUGGUCGUCCUGCUGCGCGCGAGGUCGAUCCUCAGCCUGUCCGAGCCCCUCCUCCAACCCUGCUUCCUCCACCACCACCUGUGCCGGUGCCGACAACGCCGCCCUCUGUGAUGCGUCCCAGACGAGAAAAGAAUCCAAGCCGCGCUCGCUACCCUUCGUCCACGGCCGCUGCCCUUGCGCUGCAACAGGGAGAUGGGUACAAGCCUCGCGAGGAACGUGGCUGGGAGGAGUUUCAUCCAGACUUGGAUAUUGAUUGCAAGCUGGCUGUCUUCACAUCAGUGGACGUCGAUACCCCUGCCCCCUCGGGGCCCAUGAGUCUAGAUUCUUUGGCUACGACGACGACGACCACCAGUCAAGAUGGCUCAGGGACGCCGCUGGGCCUGUCUGCUGAUAUGGCGUCUCCAAUGCCCUUUAAGCGUAGACCUGGGCGCCCUCCACGCCGUCCCGAAGCCAUAUUGAGCCAGCUCAUAGCUCAACAAGGUCCAAAAGUGAUACCGCCACCGGGCCCGAAUCCUCGAGAGAGGUUGACGCUGCCUAAGCCCUCGUUUCGACUCAAAGACCCCUUUACAUUUUAUGAAAGGAAGGGUGUCGGCACACAGAACUAUGUUGAUCGAACGAUGGCUAGUGUGGGCUAUCAGGAAAGCGAUUUGUUUGUUCGUCACGACCGACGUUUCAUCCGAAUGACCGAAGGCGCGCAAGAAGAUGACAUGGAUAUUAUUCAACCUGCCACGACAGAUGGCGAUGUCAACACCACCGUCGGGCGAGUGGAGUAUGAUAUGGAUGAGCAGGAUGAGAAGUGGCUGGAAGACUACAACCUCAAGCGAAGAGAGGAUCAACUGGAGCCCAUCAAGCCGGCGAUCUUCGAAAUCACCAUGACCAAAAUCGAGAAGGAGUGGCACGCUCUUGAAAAGCGCAUUCCUAAACCAAAUCCGAAGCCACCGCAGACGCAUCGGCCGCGCUCCAGCUCCGCAGCGGCGGUGAACGGAGAGACCGCUGGCCCGGGAGAGGAACAGGACAGCAGAUGCGCCAUUUGUGAUGACGGCGAUUGUGAGAACGCUAAUGCCAUUGUGUUCUGCGAUGGCUGCGACCUAGCCGUGCAUCAGGAAUGUUAUGGCGUUCCCUUCAUCCCGGAGGGCCAGUGGCUCUGUCGCAAGUGUCAGUUACUUGGCCGGGGCACCACCAACUGCAUCUUUUGUCCGAAUACCGAGGGCGCUUUCAAGCAGACAACAUCAUCGAAGUGGGCUCACCUUCUCUGUGCUAUCUGGAUUCCCGAGGUGUCUAUCGGAAAUCCGUCGCUUAUGGAGCCUGUGACGGACGUUGAAAAGGUGCCGCGUAGCCGCUGGAAGUUACUUUGCUACAUUUGCAAGCAAAAGAUGGGUGCCUCGAUCCAGUGCAGCAACAAGAAUUGCUUUGUUGCGUUCCAUGUUUCAUGCGCACGGCGGGCUCAACUCUACCUGAAGAUGAAGAUUGGCCAUGGACUCAUGGAUUCCCAUCUUCUGAAAGCUUACUGUGACAAGCAUGUCUCGCCAGACUGGCGACUGGAGCAUGGUACCGAUGCUGCGACCGCUGACGCGAUUGAGUACUAUCGCAACACUAUGCAAGGAAGACGAUGGGGCGACAGCCAGGCUCAGGCCCUCUCCUUGGAAACACACCCGGCUGGCGGUCACUACGAUGAAAACCAACAGGCCCUUACUCCCCGCAUCACUCUGACUGUGAGUGGUAAUAAGCGCAAGCGUCUUCAAGGGCCACCACGAACGGUCUGGAAGCUGCCGUCUGGUGCGCCUGUGAUUCCUCAGGUCGUUCUCAACGCUGUGCAGGCGACCCUUGCGCGGUUUACGGUGCGCCAAAGGAAACAGUACGCCGAGGAGGCGUGCAAGUAUUGGACUCUCAAGCGGGAAGCCCGGCGAGGAGCGGCCCUCCUCAAGAGAUUGCAGCUCCAGCUCGAGACCUUUUCGUCGAUGGAGAUGACGCGAAGAGAUUACGUCGCCAUGGGUGUUACCGGGUACAAGCGCCUGAACCGUCGCAUCGAGUUCGGCGAGAGACUGUACAAGGAUCUUGACCGACUCAGGAUGCUGUGUGAUGAGGUGAAGAAGCGCGAGAGGGAGAAGUUGAAGGAUGCCGAGAUGCUUCGAAGCAUUGUCGAUGUGGUUUAUUUCCCUAUUUUCCCAUUGCUCUGGCCGAUUUUCGAGAAAGCCCAAGGGCUCGAUAGCAAAGGUGUUUUUGCGUACGGCCUGCUGUCCAUUCGCCAGCGGCUUCAAGACCGAUUUUACCCAUCUGUCGCGACCUUCUCUGCCGACUUGGCGAACCUUUUUACAUCUGAGAUUGGCGUUCAGCCCGCUGGCGACACCGCCGAACUCCAGGCGCAGAUCAGUGGCCGUGCUCCGGAACUCAGCUUGGAACAACGUGAAAAGCGGAAGCUGGCAAAACGGAUCAUCAAAGCCAUCCAGCCUGCCUUGGAAGAUGCGAUCAGGAAGGAAAGCGAAUUGAACCGCAAACCGUUCGAGCAGGAGCUGAAGGAGCUGGACGUGAUUUUUGACCACAGCGUGAUGUCUCGCCGAGGCGAUUCCGUCGAACCGGCUGAAGGUGACACCGAGCGAAUCACAGAUGUCACAGCUGAAGAAAUGGACCUGGACCAAGUACCGGACACCAACGCUGAAUCUCAAGAGGCAGCUGGCGCGAAAGGAAAUGCAUCAGCUGAGGAACGGCCCGCCGCAGAGACUACGGAGUCGGCAGUCGAGGAGCAGGAGGAGGUACAGCCUUUCGGUGAUGAGUUGCCUGCGUCUGGGCCAUCCGGUGCUGAAGAACCCCCUGCUGCAAAUGGAGAGUCUGAGAAGAACCCCACUGUCCGACCAUACAUCGCUCCUAAGAGACUCCCGACACCACUGCUGAACGAUGAAGACCAGCAGCUGCCCUUGGCGCAGGGUGGUAUCCAAUGGUACAUGGAACCAUUUGACCCAGUCGGUACCACGAUCUACGAGGAGCGAUGGACGGGCCGAGACGUGAUGCGUGGUAUGAGCGAGGAGCUGAGCGAACUGGACGAGGACGAGCUCAACGAUUUGGUGGACGAUGUGGAUAUGGACUCGGCUGCUCCAGAGACACUUGCCGUCAAGGCCAAGUCAUCGUCGAGGUCGCAACGGAACCGACGGCGGCGACGCUGA